GCCGCGAUGUUCCGGCGGGAGGCGACCUGGAACAUCUCGUUCGCCGGCUGCGGCUUCCUGGGCGUCUACCACGUCGGCGUGGCGUCCUGCCUGCGCGAGCACGCGCCCUUCCUGGUGGCCAACGCCGCGCACGUCUACGGCGCGUCCGCGGGCGCGCUCACGGCCACCGCGCUGGUCACCGGCGCCUGCCUGGGUGAGGCCGGUGCCAACAUCAUUGAGGUGUCCAAGGAGGCACGGAAGCGGUUCCUGGGCCCGCUGCACCCCUCCUUCAACCUGGUGAAGACCGUCCGCAGCUGCCUGCUGAAGACGCUGCCCGCCGACAGCCACGAGCGUGCCAACGGGCGCCUAGGCAUCUCCCUGACCCGCGUCUCAGACGGCGAGAACGUCAUCAUAUCUCACUUCAGCUCCAAGGAUGAGCUCAUCCAGGCCAACAUCUGCAGCACUUUCAUCCCCGUGUACUGUGGCCUCAUCCCCCCCACCCUUCACGGGGUGCGCUAUGUGGACGGCGGCAUCUCAGACAACCUGCCCCUCUACGAGCUCAGGAACACCAUCACCGUGUCCCCCUUCUCCGGGGAGAGCGACAUCUGCCCGCAGGACAGCUCCACCAACAUCCACGAGCUCCGCGUGACCAACACCAGCAUCCAGUUCAACUUGCGCAACCUCUACCGCCUCUCCAAGGCGCUGUUCCCGCCCGAGCCCAUGGUGCUUCGAGAGAUGUGCAAGCAGGGCUACCGCGACGGCCUGCGCUUCCUGCGGCGGAACGGCCUCCUGAACCGGCCCAACCCCCUGCUGGCGCUGCCCCCCGCGCGCCCCCUGGCGGCCGAGGACGAGGAGGCGGAGGAGCCCCUGCCGCCCGCCGGGGAGGACCACAUCCUGGAGCACCUGCCGGCGCGGCUCAACGAGGCCCUGCUAGAAGCCUGCGUGGAGCCCAAGGAUCUGCUGACCACGCUCUCCAACAUGCUGCCCGUGCGCCUGGCCACGGCCAUGAUGGUGCCCUACACGCUGCCGCUGGAGAGCGCUGUGUCCUUCACCAUCCGCUUGCUGGAGUGGCUGCCUGACGUCCCCGAGGACAUCCGGUGGAUGAAGGAGCAGACCGGCAGCAUCUGCCAGUACCUGGUGAUGCGCGCCAAGAGGAAGCUGGGCAGCCACCUGCCCUCCAGGCUGUCGGAGCAGGUGGAGCUGCGUCGCACCCAGUCGCUGCCCUCAGUGCCGCUGUCCUGCGCCGCCUGCAGCGAGGCGCUGCCCGGCUGGAUGCGCAACAGCCUCCUGCUCGGGGACGCGCUGGCCAAGUGGGAGGAGUGCCAGCGCCAGCUGCUGCUCGGCCUCUUCUGCACCAACGUGGCCUUCCCGCCCGACGCCCUGCGCGUGCGCGUGCCCCCCGGCCCUGCGGCCCCCGCAGCCCCGCCGCCCCCGCAGCACCCCCCGGGCCUGCCCCCUUGCUGA